UUCUCGUCCUUGGAACCCUCCGGGAAGCCAUCGUUCAACGCGCCGUUGCCACCGACUCCCGGCCAUGGCCUACACGUCUUCCAUAACUAUAUCUCGCCAAAAGCAAUGACUACCGCUCGAUCAACCUGACCUCGCACUACAUGAACUUGUCUCACCCCAACACGCACCAGCUCACCGCGAUCGACUAUCGUACAUGAACACUACUGCUGUGAUCAAGCCCAAGCACACCUUGAGCUAUAGGGAACACAAGCCUACAACACCAUAUACAUCCUGUUCCGACCUGCCGACACGACCAGCAGACUUGCUCUUCAAGAAAUGGCGCUUCUGCACCACCGUCCGAACCUCGAAGACAUUCGUUACGCGUACGACAGCUCGGAUCAUGAUAGCGAACGAUCCUUCCAGCGAUCGCAAUUCGGUUCGGACAAAUCGUACACCACCGCCUUGACACAGUAUUCUUCGAUCGCUUCAAAAAGACCAGCUCGGAUACACUACAACACCUUUGUGGAGGAUGAACGAACACAAGAGAGCGUACCUCGAUACUUUGCGGACCAACCGACAUGGGCAAGUCCGCGAGCAUCUGUGGAGACCUAUACUUCAUCGUUGAUGAGCGAAGAGGAAGACAACAUCCAUGACGAGCUUCCUGAGUUUGAAGUGCCGGAAUACAGCACGGAGCCAUACGCUGCUGACGCUGCAGUAGCAGCGACACCUGCGGACUUUUCGGAGCUUUUCCCGUCACAUCGCAGGUUGAUAGUCCGACAUGAUGAUUCGACUCUCGACGGCAAUAUGAAUCUGAGAGUUGACACUGACGUGACUAUGCAUGGCGGUCGUAAAUGCGAUAUGACAUUAUUUCACUUGCGUAUGCAUGACCUGCGGAACCGCGAGUUCUCGCUGCGUCGAUACUGCCGCGACUCUGGUCGUGAGGUCUGUCACACAGCCCGCAAGCUCCAAUCGUCACCUCAGGAGAAACGUCCAGGACUUCAGCGCUCCCUCAGCAAUGCCUUGAGCAGUAUGCGAUUCUCCAAGUCUUACGAUCGCAAGGUCCCAACCCUGGCGAACCUGAAGAGGAACGAUUCAGGUUAUGGCUCUCUAGGAGGCUCCGUACGCUCCUCGAUGGACAUGAGCUCCGAAAUUGCAUUUGGUGCGACCACAGCUUCUACGCAACCUCCAGACCCGAACACCGUGAAGCUUGAAUUCUCCAAUUAUGCUCAAGUUGCAGUCACCUGCUCGAGCGGUAAAGGCGGGAAGGAAUACCUUUUCGAGUACUGGGGAAAGAAGUAUGCUUGGAGGCGAGUCGUGCGAAAAGACAAUCUCGGCCGAUCAGUAUUCUUCCAUCUGAUAAAGACUGGCAGUGAGGCGGUGCUUGCAUACAUAAUACCUUCACCCUUGACGCCUGCGCAAGUCGAGGAGGAGCAUAGCAAAGGCGGAUGGAUACCAAGCUGCUCGAUGUGGCUGGCCGACGAGCCACUCGUUCGUGGUGAGAAAGACGUUGCUGACGUCGUGAUCGCCUCCGGCCUGAUUGCUUUGGUGGACAACUGCAUCAAGGAGCGCUUUCAUUCGAAGAGCUCCAAGCAGAUUGUGAUACCAAAGCUUCAGCUAGGCCUCGAGUACGUCGGACCGAAACGAUUGAUCAACGAAAUGUUCAAGCGAGGUGUCAGUGGAUCUCACAGCCGCCAAUCGUCCUUCAGUCGCAGUCGCGGUCGACCCGUCAGUAGCGGCGGAGGAGCCACAGAGCACGCCCCAAAGAGCGCCGUGACCGCGGUCCGAGAGAUGAGCAAUGAUUGCUGAUCGCGAGCGCUACCUUUCCGAUGCGCACGAGUAUCUAUUGUCACCGGUUGCACACUGUAACACACACCACGAGAGCGGUGUACGGCCGCACAUCUUACUGAAUGCGCGGUCAACUCAAUGUGAUGCACUAUCGAUGUUGCAUCCGCGGUCUCAUGUAGCUCUCCGACGGAAGAUCUGAGAUUGUGCGGAUGGCUGCUGGUUACGUUUGGGCGGGAGAGAUUAAGCACGCGAAGCACUUUGGUUGCACAGCGGUGAAAGGAGCAUAUGAUCAUCGCAUCGAGGAGCAUGGGCGGCACAUCAUCGCAUUGUUGCUUACUGUCAG